UGAUUACAAGGCAUGGUUUAUUGAUUGGAGGGAUGAAGGAAGGAUACAUUUGGAAAAGGUGAUGUAAAAACUAAAGAUAGAAAUUUAAAAAAAAUUUUCAAUAAGAGAACAUGGGUGCAUUUCUCUCUGGUUGCACAAAAAUACUGUUUAUGAGGUUCUUUGUAAGUGGUAAACUGCUAUAUAAGUGUCAGUUAUUGUUUAUUAUUAGUUAUCUGCACCAGCAGAAAAAGGGCCACAGCAAUGAAGUCAUAGAUUUAUGGAAGCAUCAAAAUAUAAUUACAAUCAAAAGUUAGAUGCAGAUAUUAUAGCUAUAAUGGGCAUUCCUCUGUCGAACACUACACCUGUCUUUCCUUGAGCUUUGUUAAAGGAUCAGAUGAUCUGCACUGAGAUGGCGUCCUUUCCUAGAGAGUCUAAUCCCUAAUGAUUCCAGUUAGCCAAACAGUCCCUACUCCUACAAGGUAAUGGGGUAAAGAAGAGGACCCCGCGUUUCUCUCCUGAAAAUGGGGCACUCUGCCACAGGAUUGCCCCUUCGUUCGGCCUUAUUACUCUUCUUUAUCACUCUCCCUCUCCUAAUACCAAGCCCCUUCUCCCUUGGCUUGGGCCCCGAGAUAAGCCGAAGGGGUGGGGGUAGUCCCACAUCCCUCUAUCCACCGGGGGAUGGCUCCAAUCCAGGAAAAACAGCUGGCUUAGGAAACACUGUGAGUGGAGAGAGCUCCGCAGUCCCCAUUCUACUAACCUGAGCCAUCUGGUGAUAAAGACAGAAACACGGGAGGGGGAGAAGGUUAUGGAAGAGAAAAGAUCCUGGGGUCUUGGGAGAAGAGAAGAGGCCGAGAAGAGGGGUAACUUGUACCCUCGCUUUGUCUAGGACUGCAGGUAUUUUCCACUUUAAGAAGCAAUCCAACUGGGGGCCAGAGGGCGGCAGCGAGCACCAGCGCCGGGCUGGAGACGCGGGGCGCAGCGGGCUGUGCGCGCCGCGGCGGCACCUCCUCUCUCCAGAGCUGACAGGCAGCAGGUGGGCGGAGUGGAGGCCGGGGCGGUGGCGGGGCGGACGCCACCGGCUCCGAUGCUGCGAGGCUGCUCGUCCGGGUCGGUGCUCGCGGGAGGAGGAGGAGGAGAGGGAGGAGAAGAAGGCUCCGUCAGCGUAGGGUCUACGCCAUGGACUUCAACAUGAAGAAGCUGGCGUCGGACGCGGGCAUCUUCUUCACCAGGGCGGUGCAGUUCACUGAAGAGAAGUUUGGGCAGGCAGAGAAGACAGAACUAGAUGCUCACUUUGAAAACCUCCUGGCCCGGGCAGACAGCACUAAGAACUGGACGGAAAAGAUUCUUCGCCAGACAGAGGUGCUGCUGCAGCCAAAUCCUAGACCCAGAUGCCAGUUCCUUGCAAAUAGUGCCCGGGUGGAAGAGUUCCUCUAUGAGAAGCUGGACAGGAAGGUUCCCUCUCGAGUCACCAACGGGGAGCUGCUGGCCCAGUACAUGUCAGAGGCUGCCAAUGAGCUGGGGCCAGAGACGCCCUAUGGGAAGACCCUGAUCAAGGUUGGGGAGACUGAGAAGCGCCUUGGGGCAGCAGAGCGAGACUUCAUCCACUCCGCUUCCAUCAACUUUUUGACUCCUCUACGCAACUUCUUGGAAGGGGAUUGGAGGACAAUCUCGAAAGAGAGACGGAUUCUUCAGAACCGGCGCCUGGAUCUUGAUGCCAGCAAAGCCAGACUGAAAAAGGCCAAAGCAGCUGAGGCCAAAGCUGCGUGUGAGGGAGAUGCCGUGCCUGAUUUUCAGGAGACUAGACCUCGUAAUUACAUUCUCUCUGCCAGCGCAUCCGCGCUGUGGAGUGAUGAGGUAGAUAAGGCAGAGCAAGAACUUCGUGUGGCCCAGACAGAGUUUGAUCGACAGGCAGAGGUGACUCGUCUCCUGUUAGAAGGAAUCAGUAGUACCCACGUGAAUCACCUUCGAUGCCUCCAGGAGUUUGUGGAGUCUCAGGCCACGUAUUAUGCCCAGUGCUAUCGACACAUGCUGGACCUUCAGAAACAGCUGGGCAGCACUCAAGGAGUGAUAUUUCCGGGCACCUUCGUGGGCAACACUGAACCUGCCUCCUCACCUUUGAGCAGUGCCUCCCUGGCAACAGCUGCUGCCACCAUCCCGGUGGUGCCCACUGUGGUAGGCAUGUCCUCCACAGGAGAAGCUGCCAUCAGCUUGGAUGAUGUGGCUCCACCUGCUAGUGGUACCCGAAAGGCCCGGGUGUUAUAUGACUAUGAGGCAGGGGACAGCAGUGAACUGGCUCUACUGGCUGAUGAGCUCAUUACAGUCUACAGCCUUCCUGGAAUGGAUCCUGACUGGCUCAUAGGGGAGAGAGGCAACAGGAAGGGGAAAGUGCCCGUCACCUACUUAGAACUGCUCAGUUAAGCAGGGCUCUGGGCUCACCUUCUGAGGGCUGCCACGGCUCCCCACACCUUCUCCCAUCACUUCCCACUUUCACCCUCAGGUGGGAGAGAGAAGGUGGGGGAAGGAAAAGGGUGCUGUCCCUUUACUCCUCUCGCUUCAUCCUACUGUCUGUGCAUUCAUGACCUUGCCCAGAUCCUGGCCCAGGGUGAAAGCUGUGUGUCCUCCCUUCACUGUCACAUACAUUCCAUCAGGGAACAAAGGGGUCUCAAAGUCACUCCUAGUCCCUGAUUGUGCUUCUUCCCUUCCACUUGAGGGACAGAACACUGAAGGCGCCCCCCCCCCCCCGCCCCUUACUGCUUUUCUCAGCCCUCCUGCCUCUGCCUCUAAGCUUACUGAAGGAAGUAGAUAGCCAGGGCUCGAGGGAGGAAGCUAGGCCUUGGUUGGGGAAUCUAGAGAGAGGCUAAGAGCCAUAUGAGUUGGGGAAGAGCCUGGGCCCUGAGGAAAAAAAUCGGUCUUGCAUGCAAACCUUCCUGCUACCUUAAGAUAACUUGCUUUGAAAGCAGGAGGUCCUCACUGGUGCUUAUGGCUGCGGGGCCAAAAGCCCCUUGGGAUAUUGUAAUUACCACUUCUUCUGGAGUCCAGGCUUUGGCUAAAUCCCUUAAUUGCCAAAAAGAAAAAGGGGCAGUUAAGUACUGCCUAUGUGGGCCCUUGAGGGCCAAGGGGGGUGGGCAUUGUAAUGAAAGUGAUCUGGGCUGCUCUCAAACAAGGAAGUUGGAGAAUGCUCCUCACUCACCUUCCUAACCCACACCCCAUCCUAAUCCCUAGGGGUCAUCACAGGGACAGGGACUGUGGUGGUCUGGGUGGUCUCCUUUACCACUGUAAUUUCAGUCAAUACACCUUAAGCGCAGCACCCUUCCUCUUGCCCCUCAGGUAGGUAGUCAGGCAAGGUCCCUUUUGAGGUCCAUCCCUUUGCUCUGUCUCUAGGCCUCUCUCACACUCACUUUUUAACUGGCAUUUUUACUCCUGUGUCAAUGCCUGGCUGCUCGGCCUCUUGUGAAUGAUAAUAAACCAUCUGUAGUGCACAA